GCUCGUUACUCGAUAUUUCUCGCGACCGCAGCCGCCCCUCCGCUUCCGUUCUCGAGGGGUGAAUCGACAGCAUCGCCCGAAGACGAGAGAGUAGUGGGAAGAGGGGAGAGGGAGAAGUGGUGAGAGAGAGAGAGAGAGAGAGAGAGAGAGGCUCCUCCUCCUCCUUUAUUUCGCGAUUUUCGAGAAACCCUAUUUCAUCAGCGAUCACCGGGGUCUCCUCGUCGGACCCAUUCCUGUUCCAUGGGGUCCGUUAUGUCCUCGGGGGGGUCGCCUUCCAAAGGCAAUGCCGCUCUAAGCCCCGUGGUGCUCAACGUCUACGAUCUCACCCCCUUGAACAACUACGUGCGGUGGCUCGGCAUCGGCAUCUUUCACUCCGGCAUCGAAGUCCAUGAACUGGAGUAUGGGUUUGGAGCACAUGAUUUCCCUACGAGCGGUGUGUUUGAGGUGGAACCAAAGACUUGCCCGGGUUUUCUAUAUAGAUGUUCCAUUUUGUUGGGUCAUACAAGUAUGCCUCCAUCUGAGUUUCAGGCAUUUAUAGAAAGCAUUGCCACAGAGUAUCAUGGAGACACCUAUCACCUCAUUUCAAAAAAUUGCAAUCACUUCACAGAUGAUGUCAGCAAGAGACUGACAGGAAGACCAAUUCCACUGUGGGUUAACAGGCUUGCAGGACUAGGUGCAAUUUGUAAUUGUCUACUACCUGAAAGCCUUCGUUUGCCAGCUGUCAAACAGAUAGCCGAAUACCAGGGUUUAUCAGAGGAUGGAUCGGAGUUCUUGUCAGUGAUCACCGCGACCACACAUGAUCCUCUAGAGAGUGAUGAUGCAGAUCAAGAGAAAUAUCUUUUUUUGCGAUCUGGUGGGGAGCAGCUAACUAUCAUGAAAUCGGUCCCCAAGUGAAACUUUCUUAGCCAUGCUAAAUCACUAGAAGUUGGGGCUUCCCUUAACAAUGGUGUACUAUGGCGCCAUUAGUGUUUCUGUAAUCUUGCAGCAAAGUGAUUCCUUUUUACCCUGUUUAUAUAUUUAUUUGUAGUAGGCUGCUAGCCUGCUACACCUAGUAAUGGCGUUCUUCUUGAUUUUCUGCUCAUUCUUUUUCAGCUGCUUUUGUUGGUGUAAAAGUUUGCACCUGUAAUUCUGUAAUUUUUCAGUUGGAUAAUCUGUAGAAAAACUGGGAGUUUCAACUUU